CAGAUCGUCCAGUGGUUAUAGAAUGUGUAAAUUUCUUAAUUUAAUAAUGAAGGAUGAAAAUGUUUUCUGAAGCUGUUGGAAAUGGAUCAAUUCUGGACAUGCUUUCAAAUGAGCAUACUGAACAAAACCAAAUGUAUACGAUUUCUUAUUGACUUAUUCUCUACGCACCUGAGACGGCAAUGUCCAAGGUACAGAUGCUAAAAAUAUUUGAUAGCCUUAUCUGUAGCGAGCGACAGAAUAUCUUUUGAGGUGCUGCAGUUAUAGAUCAAUGAAUUCACCUGAAUCUUUGUCCUCACAUUUGGAUUCAACCAUGGAACUUCUCCUAAAUACACCGAACCACGGCUUAUAACUUUGCUGAUACGAGGCAGCAUGUUGGAGUUACAAAAACCCGCUCCAACUUGUUUUUGUUGUUAACACAGCUGAUGAACUUGCUUUCAAAGAGAAGAAAAUGAUCUAGUGAACUGAGAACACAAAAUAAAGUUUGAAUUCAAGUAAAUUUCGAAUGCUUUACAACACUUGGCUGAUUGGUUCAAUUAUAGGUACGAACAUACCUGGCGUUGAUUGCCUGGAUUUCCAAGCACUUCAGAUUCAAUCCCAAGUUUUUGGUGCAUCUUCAAGAUUGAAUGUGCUUGUUUUCUUUUGUCUUGAUUUAUGUUAGAUGCUAGACUUAUGGUUCAUAUAUGGAAGCGCAAGGGCUCAAACCUCCAGAAAAGUCCAACUGUUGAAUUGUUUAACAAGCUAAAAUUAACUAAUCAUGUUCUCUCCAAUGUUGAUCCAUAUACCAUAAACUCACCUUUCUAUCUACCUCCUUUUGACUCGCUAUCACCACUUCCUCAGCCAGAGCGCUCUCCUCCCUUUAGUCAAUACCCUCCAUUUACCCCACAAUCACCUUCCAACCCUCCGCCGUCUCCAAUGAGCUACGGACUAGCAACCCCUUCACCACCUAGUUAUAUCCAUAGCCCUCCUGCAAAUCCCUCUGAACAUGGCUUCAGUCCUCCUAGCACUUUCCCAAGCCCCCCUCAACAUCAGCCUAGCCCACCAAAACAAGUUCCCAGCCCUCCUAAGCAUUUACCAGGCCAGCCCAUUUAUGAAUCUCCAUUGCUCAACCCACCGCCUUUGGGGCCCCCUCCUCCACACAAAGGGUCACAGUCUGGUGUUUGGUGUGUUGCUAAGCCAACAGUGCCUGAUUCAAUAAUCCAAGUAGCCAUGGAUUAUGCAUGUGGGUCUGGUGCAGAUUGCAAAUCAAUUCAACCCAACGAGGCCUGCUUUCAACCCAAUACAAUAAUUGCGCAUGCUUCAUUUGCUUUCAACAGCUACUGGCAAAACACAAAGGGGACCGGUGGCACUUGUGACUUUGGAGGGACUGCCAUGCUUGUUACUGUUGAUCCUAGUAAGCUUAAUUUAAUCUCACAAUCUAUCCUUUGCAAUAUGCAAAUAAAAAUCCUCUGAUAUGUAUUGCUGAUUUUAGUAACAUUUUUGUAAUGAAAAUGUGACAGGUUUUGAUAUGUGCCAGUUCAGCUACAAUUGAUCACUGAAGACAGAAAGAACAAUCAAAAAGACCAACUAUUUCAGAGUUUGAACCAGCACUUUUGUUAGAUGUGAUUCUCUCUAGAUGUUUUCUUCCUUCUAUGAACCGGAUAGAGUUUAAAGUAUAGUAUAUUUUAUAUGAUGUAUAAACAUAUCCUGCGUAAUUUAUGUUUUAUAUGAUAUUAUAAUGUAUAAAAAUACCUGCAAUAUUUGAGACAGAAAA